AUGGCCACGCGCUCUCCAACGACGGGCGUCGGGAGUGCCGUCGACGUCGAUGACCCAGUCGAGGUCGUCAGUCCUGCCAACGACGCCUAUGAUAUCCAGGACCCAGUCCUCCAGGCCAACAUCUCGAUCAGGAACCACGCAGCGACCAGGUCUGGCAGCAGAACCAGCGCCACCUACGAGACCAGCGCCACGUACGUGUGCAGGAACAGCGCCUGCAAGAUCCGAGCCGCGAGCAGGGCCAGCGCCAGUUUCGGGAACGGCGUCACCGUCGGGGAUGGCGUCUCCAGGAGAAUGCCAUUCUGCCGAGCUGCAGUCGGCGCCAUCUGCUGGCGACUGGCGGGCGCCGAGGCCGUCACAAAGGUGGUGGCCGUCGGCACUGCAGACAUCAUCGUGCACACUCCAGGGACCAAGCGCGUCACAUGCCGCGCCACGGCCUCGGCGACCCUCCGCGGCGCUCCCGGGGCCCAGCCGCGCGCGGGCGUGUCGCUGUGCUGCGGGAGAGGCGCGCGCCGCGGUGCCCGCACGGACCUGGGCCUCGAGCGCCACCUCUCGACUGGCGCGGCUGCCGGGCAUUUCGGCCUACCCACAACCUUCUUGAACAAGUUGUACACAGAAGAGGGGAAGAGUGUCCAGUGCCGUCUCGGGGAUGUCGCGCCCAAAAUGUCCGUGUUCGGCAAGAAGGGGAAAGCGGGCCAAGUGACGCUGCAGGGCGCCGAACGGUUGCCACCUGUACAGUUUUGCGUUGACGUGCUCGACAGGCUCCAGGUGACCUGCGCGGCCACCUGCUGGUGGCCCUCGGCCAGCACCGACGAGGUCCGCUUCGGACUUCCGCCCGCGAGCUUUCCGCCGUACCUUUACUUCGACAACGACACCGGGGAGUGGUCCGGCUUCGGGGCGGCGGCGAUGGCCGCGGUCGCGACGGAGGUCGGCGUGCCCUUCUCGUUCGUGCGGGACGACAUGUUUGGGGACUUCUCCAGCCUGUACGCGGAUAAGUUCGACUGCUCACUCAUGGACAUGUCUGCCCAGGGGGCCUACAGCGAAGGGAUGGAGGAUUGGUUCAAGUUCACGUACCCUUGGUUCAGCGCGAACACCGGGGCCAUGGUGCGUCGGACGCAGACGCCAGACGGGCUCCUCUGGAGAAGGGGCUGGCGGGGUGCCUAGGGAGGGGAGAGGCCAAGGGAGGGAGUGCGGGGUUGGUGCCCGCCCCCCCUCCCCCGCGCCCGCGUGCCGCGGCAUGCUGCCCCCUCGGACGCCCGUGCCCGCGCGCUGGCUCUCCUUUGCGCGGUCACUGUGUCGUGCGGCCGGGCCUUUGGC